AUCAAGAGGCAAGCAUGAUGCAGAACAGAUCGCAGCGUCCGCGGAAGAGGGUGCGCGUACCCGUUGCACACCACGCAGAACUCACAGAACAUGCCGUGUUAAUCAAGACAAUCCGCACAAACCACCUGCUUAAUCUCACUCACCAACUACACUGCCAUGCCAGUGCCCAACGUAGUGUCGAUCGUGAAAAUGUCCGUCAAGGCAAGGGAAAGCUGAAAUCAAGAGAUAUAUGGACUACGUGGCCCUUGAUAGAUUGCUCCAUUCCGGAAUGGCGGGUUGAAGACGAAGUUAAAUCUCUUGCUGAAGCGGUGGCGCAUCAGCUCAAAACUAAGUAUGUAUCGAGACGACAUGGCAGCUACGAAUCAGAAUCCCAGGAUGAUGUGGAGGAAACGGGAGACGAGGAUUUGGAGCCUUUGUCACCAAGUCUCUUACAAGCCUUCGUCUGGCAAACUACCAAGGUCCUUGUCUGCAUUUUGGACUCCAUUCUCGAACAGCGACCAGCCGUAGCAGAUAGCAUGCAAAAUAGGAUGUGGGCAUUUAAUUGGGAAGGUGUUCUUAGAGUCUUGAUCUCGGGCAUGACUCUAGACAGAUCUGUGGUCUCUGCAGCAUACAAACGCUUGUCUUCAAUAUACGGCUCAUCCAAGACUCUUGAUAUCGCUUUAUCGAGAAUUGGUCGUAUUGAAUCACGUAAAUCCGCAUUGGUUGAAUUCUCAGAAAAACACGAGGACGCCUUUCUUCAGCAACCCAUCGUGCGUGUACGAAGGCCAAAGAAACGACGACGGGUUAUGUCUAAGGCGGUUAUCGAAACUGAUACCGAGUAGUCGUGUUUCCCGCGGACGAGCUGCCGUGCAGUGUUUCUCCGAUUCACAAGAUAAUCUGCUCGGGUUACCGUCUACGCUCACCAUAUGCAUCACAGUGGUUUUAGUUCUCAGCAUAAUAAGCGCCGACAUCGUUUCUAAAUACCU